CCGAAGACACCUGGAUUCGUCCCGUUUCUUUCCUUGUGCCUUGUUUCUGGGUGUUUUGUGGCCAAACCGCAUGAAGGAUUGUACCCAGGCCAUCAAAAAGCAAAGUCCCUCCUCUUCUUUCUCUCUGUGUGUCUUCUUGUCGUCCCUGGCUCGGCAUCUCUCCUCCUCCUCCUCCCCUUCAGCACACCUAGAGCGUCUCAGUCCAGCUCGGGAGAGGAUGCGCACCAGCACCUAGUGGAUAUCCUGCUCGUUUUUUCUGCAAGAGCAGAAGAGUGAGAAGACAAGUGUUUGAGGGACAGAAGUGCAAGGGAAGGAGAGAUGCCACUGGGGGGGUUUGCGGGGCUAAAGGAGAAGCUCAACCCGGGGAAGGAGGAGUUGAAGAACAAUGUGGGCGACUCUCUGGGGAACCUGCAGAAGAAGAUCGAUGGCACUAAUGUGGAUGAAGAGGACAACAUUGAGCUGACAGAAGAUGGCCGGCCAGUGGCAGCCCCUAAUCGGAGCCCACCCCUUUUGGAUUGUGGCUGCUUUGGCCUUCCCAAACGUUACAUCAUCGCCAUCCUCAGCGGACUUGGCUUUUGCAUCUCGUUUGGCAUCCGCUGUAACCUUGGUGUGGCCAUUGUAGAAAUGGUUAACAACAACACUGUCUACAUCAACGGGACUCCCGUCAUGCAGCCAGCUCAGUUUAAUUGGGAUCCAGAGACAGUGGGGUUGAUACAUGGCUCUUUUUUCUGGGGCUACAUUGUCACUCAAAUCCCUGGAGGAUUCAUCUCCAAUAAGCUAGCAGCUAACAGGGUGUUCGGAGCAGCCAUUUUCUUGACGUCAUUGCUAAACAUGUUUAUUCCGUCAGCUGCCAGGGUUCACUAUGGCUGUGUCUUGUUUGUGCGAAUCUUACAAGGUCUGGUGGAGGGUGUCACAUAUCCAGCCUGCCAUGGGAUGUGGAGCAAAUGGGCUCCUCCGUUGGAGAGAAGUCGUCUGGCUACUACUUCAUUCUGUGGAUCUUACGCAGGAGCUGUGAUAGCCAUGCCACUGGCUGGAAUAUUAGUGCAGUACGUGGGCUGGCCCUCUGUCUUCUAUAUAUAUGGUGUGUUUGGGAUUAUAUGGUAUGUCUUCUGGCUCCUGCUGGCUUAUAAUAGUCCAGCGAUACAUCCCACCAUCAGUGAAGAAGAAAGAACAUAUAUAGAGACCUCUAUUGGGGAAGGAGCCAAUUUAAUGAGUUCUACUGAGAAAUUUAAAACUCCUUGGCGUAAAUUUUUUACAUCUAUGCCUGUCUACGCCAUCAUUGUGGCAAACUUCUGCCGAAGCUGGACCUUCUACCUCUUGCUUAUUAGCCAGCCAGCGUACUUUGAAGAGGUCUUUGGGUUCCCCAUCAGCAAAGUGGGCAUUUUGUCAGCGGUGCCGCACAUGGUGAUGACGAUCAUUGUGCCCAUAGGAGGUCAGCUGGCUGACUUCCUGAGGAGUCGGAAAAUCCUCUCUACUACAAACGUGCGAAAAAUCAUGAACUGUGGAGGUUUUGGCAUGGAGGCCACGUUACUGCUGGUGGUCGGGUUCUCACACACACGUGCAGUGGCCAUCUCAUUCCUCAUCCUGGCAGUGGGCUUCAGUGGAUUUGCGAUAUCAGGAUUCAAUGUAAACCAUCUGGACAUAGCUCCUCGCUAUGCCAGUAUUCUUAUGGGCAUCUCUAAUGGAGUAGGCACCCUCUCUGGUAUGGUUUGCCCCCUCAUCGUCGGAGCACUUACUAAACACAAGACUCGCCUGGAGUGGCAGCACGUGUUUAUGAUCGCGUCCAUGGUGCAUUACACUGGCGUGAUCUUCUAUGCCAUCUUUGCCUCUGGUGAGAAGCAGGACUGGGCUGAUCCUGAGAGCACUAGUGAUGAGAAAUGCGGCAUCAUCGGGGAAGAUGAGCUAGCUAAUGAGACCGAACCCAGCAGCGACAGUGUCCUGGCGACCAAGCAGAAGACCUAUGGAACAACGGAGAACUCUGCAGGCCGCAGGCAAGGCUGGAAGAAGAAGAGAGGCGUGACCAUGCAAGCUGACGAAGAAGAUCACGGAUCAAACCAUUAUGAAAAUGGGGAAUAUCAGAACCAGCAAUGACAUUUUGGUUAUCGAACGCCCAAGACUGAAAGGUGAGGUGUAGGAGUAUUUAAUAAAGUAACUGCAGAAAUAACCCCAACCAGGGGCUACAGCAUUUCAACUUGACGUUUGACACAACAGUAGAUUUGAGUUGUGAAGAAAUAUUUCGGAUGGCUUCCUUAAUUAUUUCACCCAGCUGUAGAUCCUGAAGGAAGAGUCACAUGACACAGAUCUGAGUAGAUAGUUUGACAUGAUGGAGAUUUGUAGCCAUGAAGAAAGUUUCAACUGGAGUCUACGCUAUCAUUCUAAAGUUUUCUUUUUUUGAAAGAAAUUCAUAUUUAUCCAGCAAGGAUGCAUCAAAUGGGUCAAAAGUGACAGUAA